CUAUUAAAAAGUUUGGAAAAACAUUGUGCCAGCCCACGCUGUUUAUGUCUACCACGGGCCGAGUGGCAAACCCCUUAUAAGAAUACUAGGGUUUCCGUCAUUUAUCUUCAAAAACCCUUGAAAUAGUCGUCGUCUGCAUUUUAGCCCUUCUUCCUUCCGCCGCUGAACCAGAAUCAGAAUGGUGAAGUACUCGAGGGAGCCGGACAAUCAGACUAAGUCUUGUAAGGCUAGGGGAUCUGAUCUUCGUGUUCAUUUCAAGAACACCAGGGAAACUGCACAUGCAAUCCGCAAGUUGCCCUUGGACAAGGCUAAGAGAUACCUGGAAGAUGUUUUGGCCCACAAACAGGCGAUCCCCUUCACACGUUUCUGUGGAGGUGUUGGGCGUACUGCUCAGGCCAAGAACAGACAUCCAAAUGGGCAGGGUCGUUGGCCUGUGAAAUCGGCCAAGUUUAUUCUGGAUUUGCUUAAGAAUGCUGAGAGUAAUGCAGAGGUGAAAGGCUUGGAUGUGGAUUCACUUUUCAUCUCUCACAUUCAGGUCAACCAAGCACAAAAGCAAAGACGCCGAACAUACCGUGCCCACGGAAGGAUUAACCCCUACAUGUCUUCCCCUUGCCAUAUCGAGUUGAUUUUGUCUGAGAAGGAAGAGCCUGUCAAGAAGGAGCCGGAGUCUCAGCUGGCCAGGAAGGCUUGAGGUCAAGGAAAAUAGAUAGAAGUUGCAUCUUUGUUACAUGUUGGGCAUCAGUUAAACAUUUUGUGAUCUGUUAUUUUCUUUGUGCUUAGUAGUGGAUGGGAGAUCAAGUUUUGCUACUAAUAGGGAUGAAUAUUGCUAUUCCCAGAAUGUUGGAAAAUCAAAGAGAGAUUUACUUGAUUUUUGUACUAAGCUGUUUUGUUCUAACUCAUGAAUAUCCCUAUUUCCUAGAACUUGUUACUUUUUCUUUAUUUUGAAUAUGUUUAGAUACUUUUCUACAAAAUUCUGUUUGAUUGUCUUUGUGUUCUCAUUUACUUUUGAGAGGACCAUACUGCAAAACUGCAAAAUGCAGUAAUGUCUAUAUGCUUGUUCUUUCUGAUAAAAAAAAAAAGAAAAUAGUAUUGUCCGCAAUUUGAUGCAUGCAGUUUCAAUAAUUGAAAACCAUUAUCUUUUCUGUUCAUUCAUUAUUUCUGUAUUUCAUAACGGCUGAAUUACUUAUGACUCAGAUCAUCUCUACUCUUUUUCUAGUUGCAUGUGUCUUCUGUUCUUGCUUAGUCGAUUCA